AUGAUCUACCGGGUACUCGACGAGAAUUCGUUUGAUCUUGGACCACGAUAUAGGAAUUGCAGUGUUGUUCUUGGAGCCCGACAAAGGAAUCGUACCGCCGGGAGAGAGGAAGCAGUGCUCGCGGAGAGGGCGAAGCUAGCUAGAGAGAUUGUUUAUGCAUUUCGAUCAGCACAGGAGAAGAAUCCAGCAGCGGUGGCGCCUGCUGUGGUGGAAUCACGAACCGGCAGUAGCACCACCACCCGGGACUUGAUCGGCGCAAGCAGCAGCGGCGGCGGCUCCACUACUCCACCAUGGAUCGUUCCUUCCUCUCGAGAUUGGCUGCUGGAUCCCGGCGGCCCCGGCGAGCACGAUCACCACGGGGGUGUCAUCCAGUCCGCCGCGUCGGGCGCUGGCGGUAGCGAUGGAUGGGGCCGCGCGGUCGGCUAUGGUUUCGUGGGGAGUCACCCCAGCCCUGGCGACGGCGGAUUGGGGCCGGGAGGGGGUGGCGGUGGCGGGGGUGGUGAUGGUGGCGGUGGCGCUAGCGGCCUCGGACUCGCGCCUCACCACCACCUCCAUCUCCGCGACAUCCUUGGCCGCGGGCCAGCGUCGGAGGAAUUCGGAUACCACCAGCUGCACCAACAGCACCAGCGAGCGAGCUUGCGAGGAUCCAGCGAGCAUGCGCACCACCAUCACCACCACCCGGGCGAGCAAGGCGGCGAUCAGGGAGGACAGGGAUCGCGAGUGGCGAGCUUCGAGGCGUACGAGACGACGCGCAAUGUGGGAGGGAUUGGGCUGCUCCGGACGGGGCUCGAGGCGGCGGCGGCGGCGGUGGGCGGUGCGCCGGAUCCCAAGUCGGUGGCGGAUCAUCCCCACCACCACCACCACCACCACCACGCGCCGUGGGCAUCAGCGCCACCACCAUCCGUGCGCGAAUUGUCCGGUGCGCGGGGAAUCGACGUGGUGCCGCUGGCGGAGCGCUUCUCCCUGGAAGCGGCGGCGGCGGCGGCGCAGGAGAAGAAUCCUCAUCCCCUCCAGCUCGUCCAGAUCCAGGGCGGCGCCCAGCAGCAAGCACAGCAGAAUCCCAUCACCAGCGUCGCGCUCAUCCAAUCCCAGAAUCCAAGCCCCUCGCAGCAGCAGCAGCAGCAGCAAGGCACGGAUUCUUCGUCGUCGCGGCCUCACGGGCGCGGCCACCAGCCCGGCGGCGCGACGUGCAAGGAAUGCGGCAACCAGGCCAAGAAGGACUGCCAAUUCCAGCGCUGCCGGACGUGCUGCAAGAGCCGCAACUACGAUUGCUCCACCCACGUCAAGAGCACCUGGGUCCCCGCCGCCAAGCGCCGGGAGAGGCAGGCGCUCGAGGCGGCCGCCAUCGCCGCCGGCCAGCCCCGCCCGAGAUCCAAGCGCACGAGAUCCCUGGCGCUGGGCGGAGGAUCCUCGUCCGCCGCCGCCCAAGUUGGCGGUGGGAUGACCGCCAAUCCUUCGUCGCUGCUGGGCUUGCCCGGGCCCUCGUCUCCCCGGAGCUCCGCGGAUCUUCCAGUAUUCCUACCUUUGUACACUGCAGCGUCCAGUUACCGCGGCGUUCUACCGCCCGAGGUCCGCGCCCAGGCCCUGUUCAAGUGCGUCAAGGUGACGGGCAUCGAGGAUGGCGAGAACGAGUACGCGUACCAGGCGACUGUGAAGAUCGGUGGUCACGUCUUCAAAGGCGUGCUGUAUGAUCAAGGCGUCGAGGCUCCCUCCGCCGCGGCUGCUGCUCCGGCGGCUGCCGCUCCGGGUGGUGUUGCUCACCAGGCCGCUCCCAUCGCCGGGCUCGCGGAUCUUCAGCUGGGAGCCAGCCGGAGUAGCAUGCCUUCGAGCUCCGGGUACCUUGACCCCUCACAGAUUUACGGCUCCACUACACUUUUCGGAGCCCUCCGCUGACUGCUAGAGGAGAAAACUUUCAUACUCUCGACCAACAAUUGACACAGACUUACACCGGAAACCAGCUGCGACAUUAUUUACCUCUCGUUUUCCCUCCCCGAGUUCUCUCGUUCUUCCUCCCAAGAGCUCGGGAGGAUCUCUCGGAUGAGUCCUCGCGUGGAAGAUCCAAUCCAUCUCUCAACUUUCCUCCAUCUCAUGAAAACGCUGCUCAAAAUUUUGGAUACAUUGAGGAGCUCUUCUUCUACUAUUGUACUUAGAAACUAUUUGACCCCCCAUACAUAAUUUUUUUCUGUUCUCCAGCA